AUGAAUGCAAUAGUGGAAGCUUUGGCCUUCUUCCUUGGGUUUCUGGGAUGGCUGAUGGUUGGGAUUGCCCUUCCAAAUCGAUACUGGAGGGUCUCGACAGUGGAUGGCAAUGUUAUUACCACAUCAACCAUCUAUGAAAACCUGUGGAUGUCCUGCGCAACUGACUCUACGGGAGUUCAUAACUGUCGGGAUUUUCCAUCUUUGCUCGCACUUAGUGGGUACAUUCAGGCCUCUCGGGCGCUCAUGAUUGCUUCCAUUGUGUUUGGGACAUUUGGGCUUGUGGCUACUCUCGCAGGAAUGAAGUGCUCAAAAAUAGGAGGCGAGAACUACGUUCUGAAGGGGAGGAUUGCUGCGAUUGGAGGAGUGUUCUUUUUACUACAGGGGCUUUGCACCAUGAUUGCUAUAUCUUGGUAUGCAGCCAACAUCACACAGGAAUUCUUCGACCAGUUUUAUCCCGGCACAAAGUAUGAGAUCGGAGAGGGCUUGUAUAUCGGCUGGUCUUCAGCCACACUUGCUCUUUGUGGAGGUUCGUGCCUCUUGUGUGCUUGUAAAGUCAACAAACCUGAUGAAAAAAUACCGUAUCCGUACCAGCCAUCCUCCAGAGGACACGUGCUGUCCACUGGGGCACCGUCUCAGUCUGUCCCCAGCAACUAUGGAAGAAAUGCUUAUGUCUGA